AUGAAGGCUGAAGUCAGUAGGUCUGUUGUCUAUAUGACCAUUGCAAAUGUCAUGAAAUUGGAUCAUCAUUUUUCUUCGUUGCAACGUGAGACUGAAAAGCUUCGAAAUGACAUAGAGAAAAUGCGUAGUGAACUGAGGUAUGAGAUUGACAAGGUCACUGCCGGCCAACGUUUGGACUUAAAUCUUGAAAGAGGGCGCAUACGUGAUGAGCUUGCCAAUCAGAAUGCAGAAACCACCAGCCUCACUAACAAGCUUGACCGAGAAAUUCAUGCUCUAAGGGCUCAAUUGGAAGCAGCUAAGUAUGAUGUUAUCAAAUAUUGCAUUGGUACUCUUGUCUCCAUCUCUGCAGUUGGUCUUGCUGUUAUCCGCAUCCUUAUGUAG